UUUUUCCAUUUGCAUCACACUUUGUAGCAACACAAAAAAGUCAGACUCUCGUACGAAUUAGGUGAGGAUUAACAAACCUGGAGGAGGAGGAUGCUUCAAAAACUCUGUGGACUCUGGACCUUCAUUUUGGAUUUAGCAGCCAAAGUUUGACGCAAUCUUCCCCGGGAUAAUAAUCUGGAAUAGUCUGCAGUGUCAUCACCAUGGAAGUAUUUCACAAGGAGAAAUAGCGAUGUGCACAACUUGGAGAUAAAGUUUGGAAAACAUUGAAAGAAACUUGUAAAAAAGUGUCUCUUCCAGAUGUCUCUAUCGAUGCAGCUGUCUAAUGAAACCCAUUCACACCCCUCAGGAAAAAGUUGCUACUUUCUUUAUUUCUAGCAAUUUUGUGGACUUCUGGGAAUAAUAUAUGACCUCUUUCGCUUUGCAUUGGGAUUUUCCUUCAAUGAAAUCAGGUUAACGGGAUUUUGUUUCACUCCAUAUGCUGGAAAUUACACCUCGUCGAAGUUUCUGGAAAUGGACGGACACCGAGGAGACAAAAUAAACAUGUUUUAAUAAAUAACAGCCAGAAAAUGCUAUUUGGGUGAAGUCGUCGGAAAGGGAAGCCCCAAUGAGUGGCACACAGUCAACACUCACUGACAGGACCCCCAGCAUUCUCAACAAGGAGCCCACAGACAAGAAACCCAAGAAUGAGAAAUCCUCUGUGUCCCUCAAACAUGAGUUUGACCCCACAGGUCUUGUGCAGCGGUGUGUGAUAAUCCAGAGAGAUGAGAAUGGCUUCGGGUUGACUGUAAGCGGAGACAACCCUGUGUUUGUGCAGCUGGUUAAAGAAGAUGGAGCUGCAAUGCGAGCCGGUGUUCAGACAGGAGACAGGAUCAUUAAGGUUAACGGGACCUUAGUCACUCAUUCAAACCACAUAGAGGUUGUGAAGCUGAUCAAAUCGGGAUCCUAUGUGGCCCUCACGGUGCUGGGGAGGCCCCCGGGGGUCCCUAACCUCCCGGAGGACGAGAGGGGGGGGGGAGCAGAGGAAGAGAGGGGGGGGUCAGCAGAGGUCAGCCCACCCCCCCCUCUCUCAGACCCCCAAACUCCUGCACCGCUGGAUAGCGUCCAGGAGGAGAAAACCUCCAUCACUGACGGGGGUGAGAAUAAAACCAGGCACAGUGAGAGGGUCGACCUCCUUCAGAAGAUGCUAACCAAGGAGCAGCAAGACCUGCAGGUGAAGGAGGAGGAGCACAGCAGGAACCCUGGUCCUAAACUCCUGAAGGAGGUUCAGGAGGUUCAGAAACACAUCUCUCUGCUGCAGGAGAGGCUCAGCAGAGCAGCCGCUUCACAGGAUGGAGCUGCAGGGUCCAGGAACGGUGAGGGUGAGGAGGGGGACGCAGGACCUCAAAACACCCCUUCUUCUCCGGGGGAAAACAGCACCGACGGACCCUCGACCAACAACAACUCGAUGCACAGCAGCCCCCUCAUACAGACGCCCUGUCAGAGCCCAGAUAUCAGCCGACGGGACGACCUCGAUUUCCGGCCGUCUCCUGAAACAGAGGACGCUCCCGACACAGAUUUCAGUGCCCAGUGCAUUGUGGGAAACCCUCCCUACCUCCUCCACCCGCAGAUCAUCGGAGCAGAAGACGACUACUUUGACUCCCAGCAGGAGCAGAUCAACGGAGUGUGCAGCUGCUUCCAGAGUCUAGACGCUCUGAAGGCUCGGCCGGCGCACCUCGCUGCUUUCCUCCAUCACGUGGUGUCGCAGUUUGACCCUGCUCCUCUGUUCUGUUAUCUCUAUGCUGACAUGCACAAACAAACCAGCUCCAAAGAGAGCCGACGCUUCUUCAUCGAGUUCCACUCUCUCUUCCUGGAUCGGACAGCGAAUCUUAAAGUACCGGUUCCAGAUACAGUUGCAGUUGACCUGGAGAAGCGGAGGCUGGAGUUAAUCCCAGAGGAUCUGUGCAAACAAUACACUCAGCUGCUGCAGGACACACUGCUGCCAGAGCUGCACAGGAACCUGGAGGACUUCAGACAGAAGCGCAGCAUGGGUCUGACUCUGGCUGAAGACGAGCUGUCGAAGCUGGACUCGGACGGAGGAAAAGACCCUCAGAAUCUGGAGAGGGAAUGUUGCUGCGCCGAAAACAUACUGUCCAAGAUAGAGGACAUCCUGUUGCCGUCACAGCCCACAGAAGAGGAGAAGUGCCAAACGAUGCAGUACGUGAUGCUCACCUACAUGAAGCACCUCGGGGUGAAAGUGAAGGAGCCUCGAGGCCUCGAACACAAACGAGCUCGCAUCAACUUUCUGCCCAAGAUCAAGAAGAGCAUAAAGCCAGAGAAGGAGGGAGAGGAGAAAGUGAAGAAGCCUCGGUUUCCCAACAUCCUCGGCCCGCCUCGACGUCUGAGCCGAGUCGACUCCACUUCAGUGGGUAAAGCGGUGGAGAUGAAUAAGCAGCGUUCCCCGAAGCCCCUCCCCCCGGCCUCCCUCCUCCCCGAGCAGCCGGACCCCCCCUCUGGUUCUGCUCGGAGUCGUGGAAAUAUCAGCGAUGGAUCGGACGCCGGCACACACUCCAACACACACUCCUCCUCCCCCUCCAACACACACACCUCCCCCACGCUCAGCUCGCCCCCCGGACAACUCUCAGACAGCGGACACGACUCUGACUCCAACGCGUCUCCGUUCUGCCUGCAGCCUCGACUCGGGGAUGUUUUACCGGUGGAGAAUCAAGAUGGCGUCUGCAGCCCGACCGGAUCUCAGUUUGACUUCAGCGCCUCCAACCUGGAGCAGCUGGUGGAGGAGGACCCCGACCCCUUCAGGAUGGAGGUUCAGUGUCCGUUGUCUUCAGACGUCCAGAGUGAGGAGGAUCAGGGGGAGAGAGAGAGUGAAGCCCCCCCUCUGAACUGGCAGAGCCUCGUCAGCAGAGGAGUCCUGGAGAGCUUAACUCCUCAAGAGAUCAAACGACAGGAAGUCAUCAACGAGCUGUUCUACACGGAGCGAGCUCACCUCCGCAUGCUGAAGGUUCUGGACGGUGUUUUCCACCAGAGGCUCAGCAGAGACGCCGUCCUCCCCCCCGACGACAUCAAACACAUCUUCGUCAACCUGGAGGAGAUCAUCCAGCUGCACGUUUCUGUCACAGAGCAGAUGACGGCCAUCAGGAAGAGGAGCGAGACGUCGGUGAUCGGGCAGAUCGCUGAUGAUCUGCUCGCCUGGUUCAGCGGGGAGGAAGAGGAGAAGAUUAAACGCGCUGUGGGGACUUUCUGCAGCAACCAGCCGUCGGCUCUGGAGCUCAUCAAGAGCCGCAAGAAGAAGGACCAGAAGUUCACUCUGUUCAUGCAGGAGGCUGAGAGUAACCGUCUGUGCCGCCGGCUGCAGCUGAAAGACAUCAUCCCUGUGGAGAUGCAGAGAGUCACCAAGUACCCUCUGCUGCUGGAGAACAUCGCCAAGUACACAGGAGACGGUGAGGAGAGGGAAAAGGUGAAGAAAGCCGGCGAGUGUUGCAAAAAGAUCCUGAACCACGUCAACCAGGCUGUGAAAGAGGCGGAGAACAAACAGAGGCUGGAGGAUUAUCAGAGGAGGUUGGACCUCUCGUCUCUCAAACCGAGUGAAAACCCCGUGAUCCUGGAGCUGAGGAGUCUGGACCUGACUAAGAGGAAGAUGGUGCACGAGGGACCGCUCUCCUGGAAAGUCAACAAAGACAAGACAAUUGAGCUGUACACCCUGCUGCUGGACGACAUCCUGGUUCUGCUGCAGAAACAGGACGAGCGCCUGGUUCUCAAAUUUCACGGCAAGAACCCGACCAGCGCCGCCGACACCAAGAACAUCUUCAGCCCGGUCAUCAAACUCAACACCGUGUUAGUGCGGCCUGUCGCUACUGACAACAAGUCUUUCUUCGUGCUGUCCAUGUCUGAGAACGGCGCUCAGAUCUACGAGCUGAUGGCGCAGACGGUGUUCGAUCAGAGAGCGUGGCAGUGUCUGAUCACACAGAGUGCCAUGAAGGGAAAACCUCAGAACAGAGACAUCAUCCCUCCUGCAGCUCAGACUGAAGCCGAGCAUGAGGCCAUUGAGAUCAUCAAAGAAGAAGUGAGCAAAGAACCCGACGUCACAUCCAGUGAAGGCGUCCAAUCUGCAGACAAAGAUGUCGCCGUCUCUUCUCCAGACAUCCAACCGGCUCCGAGUCUGAACCCGUUUGAUGGCAUGAAGUCAGAGGAGGAGGAAGAGGAGGAGGAGGAGGAGGAGGAGGAGCUGCCGGUGGAGGACAGACGUGAUGAAGAUGAGGAAAUAGAGGAAGAAGAGGAGGUGGAUGAAGCAGAACUAGAAGCUUUCCUGGACGGACAGCUGGAGGACGGACUUCCCUUCCUUCCGGAGGAGGAAGAGACACAUCAGGACGUCGCUGCAGAAAACAUGGAGCAGGACGUCUUCAUCUCUCCGUCCUCUAAAGGAGAAGAAGCUCUCAGGACAUUGGCCAUGCUGAAGCAGGCUCUCUUCCACCACAUGAUGAGCAGAGAGGAGGAGAAAGAUGAGGCUCAGGAUCAGAGUGGGUCUCUUCCUGGGAGCCCUGAGGGGCCGCAUGAGAGCCGAGGGUCUCCACCAUCACAGAAACAAAACGGUGACGGUGGUUUCGUGGUCCUCGAUUUCGGUGGCGGCUCGGAGGAGAGCAGCACUGAUGAUGAUGGAGGAGGAGGAGGAGGAGGAGGAGGAGGAGGAGGAGGAGGAGGUGUGGGCAUCGACAUGAGGAAGCUGCUCUCCUCUUCCUCUCAGGCGGGCGGCGGAGGGCCGAACCUCAGCCGGCAGCUGAUGACCCACCUGCGCCUCCUGCAGGCCGACCUGCAGUAUCUCAAGGAGGUGGAGAUGAAGUACAACGAGCUGCAACAAACACACACUGACCCAGCUGCUGACGCCGAAGAAAACCACGAUUCUUCUCCCUCGUUCGUAUGAGUUUGACGCCACUCCACUCCACGGUUUCUUCCGGAUGAUUUUUGGACUUUUGAACAUUGGUGUCGCACAGAAAGCGAGGCUGAAUGUCAGAUCUCACACUUCAGGCGCGUAUCAGUGGAAGACUUGAUCAUCGUUUUAGGAAACUAUUCACUAUAAACUCAAAACCCUCCUGAGGAGAGACUCUGUGGAAACACCCGAGGACAAUUCAGCCGUUUUUUUUCUUCCGCAGUAUAUUAUUAAUCAACUAUAUAAAUUAUCUUAAACACUGGAGAAAGUCGAGUGUGGAGUCACACAGAUGGAUUUAGAAAAACUUUAAGGAGUGAAACGAGGAAAUGGAUCAUAAAGGUAUAUUUGUUUUGUUCAGGACUCACUGCUGUACGUUUGAUUUGAAAAGAUUUGAUUUUAGAGCAACGCUGUAUUAUGGCUAUUUUAGGUAAGAAAAUAAUUAAUUGAAUGGAAUAUUUACAGAGCUGGGGAGUGAGGGGGGAUACAUUCCUAGAUUAAAGUUGUACAUUUCCAAGAAAAAGUGAUUAUAUAUUUUUCCAAUCAUGCAAAAGAGAGAUUUGAAUAGAAGAAAUUACAAAAUAUUAGAUUUUCUUUGUCGUAAAUUUGAACCAUUUUUCUCGUAAAUGUAUGACUUUAAUCCCUCCCCUUUCAGAAUAUUCUCCUGUUCUUCAUGACUUCAUAUUUCUUUAAAACCACUUUUUUUAAAUGCCACCGAUAUGCUGUCAUAUUCCUGAAAUCUCCAUUGAAAAUGAACACCUGGCAACACUUUGUUUUGUUUUGUAGCCUUUAUUUAUCCAGGUUAAAAAUCCCAUUGAGAUCAACACUAAAGCCUUCAACAUUUCCAGUACUGUGUGUCCACCUGGUUUGGAUGUCUGAGUAAAUAUAAUACACGUGAAAUGCUGUUCAUUGCUUACUUUCAAGUCCCAGUUUUCAAAUUUCCUGUAGCACUUGAAUGUAGCAUAAUAUAGCAAACAGACACAGAUAGCUGCCUGCUCAUUAUCAACAAAGCAGAUGGACGUAAAAAUAGAAUCACUUGUGCUUAAGAAAUAUACUUUGUUCAAAUUAAUGGAGCAGAUUUGGUAAACAAUUCUUUACUUUUUUUGUGUGUAAUCAAGGGUGAUCACUCUGGUGGUAAAAAAAAAGGUUUUGCCAGGAUAAUCACAAAAUGUUUUAGUUGUAUUAUCUGUAAUAACAAACGUUUGGCAGGUGAACCAACAUUAUCUGUCUGUAUGUUUUCCUGAGUGAGUUUGGAUUUGAAAAUGAGUGCUUUUAUUCUUACUUAGAUAAUGGGGUGGUGGUGCAAAAGGAUACAGAAAAACUGCCAAAUGUUGUUUUUUUACAGUCACUAAGAAAAAUUAUCCUGACAUUUUCCCCCCACGUAUUUUACAGAUGAAAGAAGAAAUAUUAAGAAACUCAUCCUGAGAUUUUCCUGUUUUCACCCGGUUUUGAUACAGAAACACUGAAGAAAAUAAUGAGGGUUUCUUUAGAUUACCAAUUAAAUCACGUAGAAAAACAGAGCAAUCUUUAACCCUC